UAUCGAGGGGUUUUAGAGCAACUAGCGAACCACUUGAAUCGAAGAAGAAGAAACGGGGUCUGAUAGGAUUUUGGGUUUUUAUUUUCUUUAUUUUUCUUUAUACAUAUCUCUAGAGUCCGAGAGUCUACUAUAUACAUCCCAUGAUAGAUGGCAAAUUCUACCAAAGUCCCACUCGUAAAAAUCAACCCAUUAUAAUAAUCUGGUCGGACCGUCACAAAGAAAAAAAAUCUGGUCGCCGUGGUCGGUGACUUCAAUUUCCUCCCAAAUUCCUUCUCCUCCAAUCUUCUCCAUCAAUGGCUCCUCCACAACCCCAUCACGGCGGCGCUUCAAACCCCCAAACCCUUCAAUUUUUAAGCAACGUCCUCUCACAACGUGGCCCUUCUUCCCUCCCUUACUCCGAAGACGUCAAAUGGUUGAUCCGCCAACACCUUGUCUCUCUCACCGACGCCUACCCUUCUCUCCAACCCAAAACCGCCAUUUUCACGCACAACGAUGGUCGUACUGUCAACCUUCUUCAAGCUGACGGCACUAUUCCCAUGUCUUAUGCUGGUGUUACUUACAAUAUCCCUGUUGUUAUCUGGCUUAUGGAGCUUUACCCUCGUCAUCCUCCUUGCGUUUUUGUCAAUCCUACUCGUGAUAUGAUCAUCAAACGCCCUCAUCCUCAUGUUACGCCUUCUGGGAUGGUUUCGAUUCCGUAUUUGCAGAAGUGGAUCUACCCUAGCUCUAAUUUGGUUGAUUUGUGUCGUGAUUUGAGUCAUUAUUUUGGGAGAGACCCGCCUUUGUAUUCGCAGAGGAAACCAGAUUCUGGGUCGAGUAAUCCGAGUGCUAAUCAGAGUCAUAGUCAUAGUCAUGGGGAUUCUGGGGUUUUGUCGAAUUCUGGGUAUUCGGGGUCUAUGGGUUCUGGGUCUGUUGGGCAUCCUUCGAUGGCGGGUCCGAGGGUUUUCCCGCCAUCGCCAUAUGUGGGUAGUGGGCGGAUCAUGCCCCCCUCGCCUCAGAGGCCUAGCGGGGGGACUGAUGACCCGAACGAGGUUUUUAAGAGGAAUGCGAUUAAUAAGCUUGUGGAGAUGGUUCAUGGAGAUGUUGUGGGGUUGAGGAAGACGAGGGAGGCGGAAAUGGAAGGUUUAUUUAGCGCCCAAGCGAAUUUGAGGCAGCGGGAGGAGCAGAUUAAUAAGGGGUUGAAAGAGAUGUUGGAUGAGAAGGAAGGGUUGGAACAGCAAUUGCAAUUGGUGUUGACAAAUGCAGAUGUGUUGGAAGGGUGGUUGAGGGAAAAUGAGGAAAAGAUGUCGAAAUUGGGGAAUAAUGUCGAUGUUGAUGAUGCAUUCGAGCCUUGUGAUGCUCUUUCGAAGCAGAUGAUCGAUGCUAGCGCCUCUGAUUUGGCGAUAGAGGAUGUCAUUUAUUCUUUGGAUAAGGCGGUUCAGGACGGAGUUAUACCUUUUGAUCAGUACUUGAAGAAUGUGAGGCUGUUGUCGAGAGAGCAGUUUUUCCACAGGGCUACUUCUAUGAAAGUUCGAGCCGCUCAGAUGCAAGCUCAUGUUGCUAGUAUGGCUGCCAGGACAUCACAAUAUAUGAUGUGAGCCGGAGAUUUCAGCUAAUGGGAGUUCACCUCUUAGUCAGGAUUAUAUGUCAAAGUAAAUACAAAGCAAACUGGAAUCAAUAAGUAGCCUGUUAAUAUUCCAUGAAUGAAGUCAUUGCUGGGCUGGCCAAUGGAGAAACCUGUAUGCGAGUGACCGGAGGAAACGUGAAUACGAGCUUUGGUUUAAUAUUGUUCAUAACAUACAUUUAUUGUAUCAUAAUAGGAUAUACAAUGAUUGCAUGGAUAUUUCCUAGAAUAUACCAUGCUGUUUUUUGUUUCCUAUUGUUUGUCUCGUUUGGGCUGAUGAUCAAUCUUAUGCUUACUUGAUUUGAUGUGUUAGUCUAUUAUGAUCAAUUUAUUUUUUUGGGGAUUGAGCUUUAUGACCUUA